AUGGCAGGCCUUCAGCUUAACGUCGACUGGAAGUCGAAUCGGCGGGCAAUCGCUUAUUGCCUGGUGGCGGCCAUCGGUGCCCUCUGUUAUGGUUAUGAUACAAUCUACUAUACGGGAAUUCAGGGCAUGACCUGGUUUGCCAAAGACUAUGGAGAGCAAGACCCAGACGGUUCAUACUCGCUUGGAACGGCGUUCCUCUCGCUGUCUGCCAGUAUCAUCUAUGUGGGCGAGCUUGUCGGCGCCCUGGCCGCCGCCCCGAUCAACGAGGCAUUCGGUCGACGCGCUGUCUUCUUCUCGGCCUCUCUCUGCAUCAUCGCCGGAGCCAUCGUCCAGGCCUGCUCGUUCGGCUCGCACCCUGUGUUUUACGUCGGCCGUGUCCUGAUUGGUCUCGGUGUUGGGCAGUUCACUGCCACCUGUCUGAUUUAUAUCGGCGAGGUUGCCCCAUCGGCCAUCAGAGGUCCUGCCCUCAUGUGCUUCCAGUUCAUGCAAUCUAUUUCCCAGCUCGUCGGUGCCUGCGUCAACCAGGGCACGCAGAGCAUCCAGAGCGCUCAGUCCUACCGCAUCCCUAUGUGCCUCCUCGUCGUCCUCCCCGGCACAAUGCUGCUGUGCCUGAUCUUCACACCCGAAAGCCCGGUGUGGUACAUGACAAAAGACAAGCGCGAUGCGGCCAUCAAGGCGCUCCGCAAGAUCAACCGCAGCAACCGCGACUACGAUCCAACUAUGGACAUCCAGACCAUCGAAAACCAGGUCCAGCUCGAACGUGAGCAAGCUAAGGACGCCACCUGGGCUUCUCUGAUCACAGACCCUGUCGAGCGCCGGAAACUCUUCUACGCGUGCGGCGCCAUGUUCGUGCAGCAGAUCAACGGUAUCCAGUUUUGGUAUACCUACGGCGUUGUCUUUGCGCAGUCCAUCGGUGUUGCGGACCCCUUCACCAUCAAUACCAUUAUCUACGUGCUGCAAAUCGUCACAGUCGCUAUCUCCGUCCUCUUGGGAAACAAAAUCAACCGCCGCACAAACCUUAUCGUCUGCUCAAUCGGCAUCCUCGUUUCCCUGAUCACCGUCGGCGGCCUAGGCACCACCCGCUCCCCCGAUGGCUCCUUCUCCCGCGGCGUCGGUAUCGGCAUCGUCGUCCUCGCAUAUAUCAACAUUAUCUUUUACAACUUCUCUAUCGGCACGCUCUCGUACUCCAUCGCAUCGGAGAUGUCCGUUGGUCGGAACAGAAACAAGAUCACCUCGUGCGCGAUGGGCGUAUUCUUCGUGACCGUCUGGCUCAUGGUCUUUACGAGUCCGUAUAUCUACUAUGACGGCAACCUAGGUCCCAUGAUUGGCUUUGUCUACGGCGGCACAACGCUGUUCUUGCUGGCUUACUCGUGGUUCUGCGUGGGCGAGACGGCGGGGCGCAGCAACGCGGACAUUGAGCGGUUGUUCCAGGAUCGCGUUCCUGCUAGGCAGUGGGCGACAUAUGUCAUUCCUGAUGAUGGGCUCAGUGCAGGAGGGCAGAAGAAGGGGACAGAUGAGGAGCAGAUUGAGAUGGCUUAGUUGCUGCAGUGAUGAAUUUUGUUUCCAAGGCUCAUAGUUUUAGACAUUACGUUCCUGUCUCACUACUGAUAUGAUUCAAUACGACGUCGAUGAUCUUGAAUAGGUCCCCA